AUGGCUUAUACCUUAGUUCUUCAUACGCCUAUAGUCAUGAUGUUUUUGAACAACCUUGCUGUUACGAUAGCUCCAGUUCUUUCCUCGAGAGCUGUGCUUGUCAAUGUCAAAUUUCCCCCACAGGCCGACACGCCGUCAAGUAGCAUAGUCGCGGUGGAUGAUUCGUCACCCGCGCCCAUGGCCAGCUUGCGGGGCGGCCAGCUGCUGUACAGUGCGGCGCGGGACAGAAACAACAAGCUGCACGACCUACGGCUAACCGGGUUCCUAGACCCAAGUUCACCUACGCCUCCUCGCAUCAGUAGAUCCUCCGAUGGUGGCACUUCGUUUAACCCUAUAGACAUCAAACGGAGUCUUAUCCAAGUGUAG